AUGUUCCAACAUACGCCUGUUCUUGCAACGGAAACUCUAAUACAAAUUUUCAAAGAUUUAGAUAUUUAUAGCUUACGUUCUUGUGCACUUGUCAAUCGAUACUGGUGUCAGAUUGCGAUUCCAAUGUUAUGGGUAGAGCCAUUUGAAAACAUAUAUGAAGAAACUUUUCCUUCACCAGGAGGAAAUUAUCAUAAAGAGGUUUAUGUAUCGAAAUCCAUCAAAAAUUUAUCCUCUCUAACUGACACUUAUAUUAAUUGUUUGUCAGAAGGAUCCAAAGUCAAAUUAACGAAUGCUGGAAUUGUAGGAUUUUAUAAAACAAAACAUCCGAGUUAUGAUUAUCCCGCUUUCUUGAAAAAUUUGGACAUCAUUUGUUUAUUCUUGGGAUGUCGCGCAUGGUUAAGCGUGAGAUUUAAAUUUAAACUUGUAACUUCAGUUGAGCGUAGUUUACUUUUGUAUCAAAUCAGGUUAAUUUUCUUUGAAUUGUGUAAACUUUUCAUGAGUCGAUGUGAAGAUGUCAAGAAAUUAUAUUUGAUAAAUAAGAAAUUCUCAAAGGAAUUGGAAUGUGCGGAAAAAUGUAAUGAAAAUUGUUUAAAAUUUUGUUUGAUUAACAAUGUCAUCAAUCCAAUCAUCAAUCAAUUACCGGAUUUACCUGGCGCAUCAAAAUGUUUAGCUAAUCUAGAAUGCUUGGGAACAAAUUGUAAUACACCUACAGAAUUUAUUCAAAAGAUUUCGUUUUUCUGUAAGGAAAUAAAAAAUUUGAUCUUUACUCCCGGAUUUAGAUUAUCAAUCCUUUCCUCACAAAAUUGUUUAAAAUAUUUAAUCCUUCAGGGACAUUUUUACAAUUAUUAUCCUGGAAUAAAAGAUAUCUUUGAAAGAGCUUUUAAAAAUCUUGAAUGGCUUACAAUUAAUGGAAGAGACGCGUUACCGAUUAAAAAUGUUGAUUCCUUUGAGAACCUUGUUAGUUUGGAAGUUGUCAAUAAAGAUCAAAGUUAUAAUCAAAGUUAUAAUUCUUUUAGGACUUUAGCAGACAUGAACUUUCCAAAAUUACAAUACCUUUACGUUGACAUCGGACCAUCAUGUUUCUCAUAUUUUUACCUUUUAUCGAUAAUCAUUUCAAAAACAACGAAUUUACGAAAACUUGAUUUACAUUGGGGUCAUCAAGAUGUUAGCAAUUUUGCAACUUUAACGUUAAGCAUCGCAAAUCAUUGUCCAAAUCUUAUCAUCUUGAAAAUGUAUUGGGUUAAUGAAUAUAGAGAAUCCAUUAAUGAUUUAUUAAGAAUUUUUAAAUAUUGUGAUAAAUUAGAAUAUUUUGGAAUCCUCAAUAAUGGAAUAUUUGACGAAGAUUCUUAUUUACCUUUGUUAGGAGAUCAUUUGCCACCAAACUUAAGGGUGUUAAAACAUUGUUGUGUACCCGUUGAUUAUCCCGCCGAACCGCUUGAAUCGUUCUUUAAGAAUGCGUCAAGGAGGCUGAACGUUCCAUUGAUGAUCGAUUUAAAUUCUUUUAUAACUCAUGAGCAUUCAAAGAUCGCGCAAGAAUAUUUCUUGAAUGGGUUAAUUAAUCCCUCUUUUACAAAAUUUGAUUAUGAGAGAAGGCUUGAAUAUUAUUCGUGCAACAUGAGGUAUUUACAGUAG